CUGUGGGAUUAAUAGUUAACAGAAACACACAGCAGCAGCAGCGCUCCUCUGGCCUGUGUUUUCGAUUAGAGCUGCUACAUUAGCUGUGGGGGUAUCAGGUGAACACGGCUCCAUGUGGGAGGACCUGAUGUAAAAAUGCAUUAAACUGUGGAGAUGGGUCGCAGCCUAAUCGCCUAUACUGGAAACCAACAUGAGGAAACCACGGCAACUGGACAUCAUGACCGCUGGUUCUCAUGGUCAAUGGACUGGCAUGGAAACAGAGUCACCUGGAAAAAGUGGCAGCGACCAGAGCUCCCUGCUUAUCAUGAAAAUAAAAGCUCACAGCUCCCUGGGAAACACGUGGAAAGGGUGAGGACGGGGGAGCACAGCAGCUGACGAUGCAGCAUAUGGAAGAUCUGGUAAAACAAGUGUGAGGGAAUGACUCAUGUAAUUCAAACACUCAGAGAGCAAACAUUUGUUCACUUCCCAUAAACACACGACAUGUUCAAGUGUUGAACGUAGGUGCUGCUGAAACACACAGUCGAAAUGUUCCUAUUCAAAACUGCCAUUUAGGAAAUCUACCCUUUAAUUUGUCAGCAUUUAGUCACAGUUCUUCGGCAGAACAGAUUUAAAACCCAGAACAUGAGCAUGUUUCACUGCAUCGUCAGACAUUAGGAGUGAGCUGUUAAACAAGCUUUAGGUCAAGAUGAACCAUCCUUUAAAAGUCUCUUAACCUCAGAGCAACACACAUGGAUCAUUUGUUGGUUUUUAGAUAAAAUGUUUAUCUUAUAAUACAGCUAUUUUUUUUGUAAAUGUAAAAAAAAGCUAGGUAUUUACAGAAAAAAAAGCUUUGUCCCUGAAACUAAGUUAAACUCUGAAAGGGUUUGUUCCUGAUAAUGGAUCAAAAGAGUCACGCAGCUCCUCACCUCCGUGCACAGGUGCAGAUCCGCAGAGGCUUGUGCAAAAAGCAGCCACAGUGAAACGUGGAUCAGGGGAAUCAGGCCUCGAUGCAUGGUCGCCUCCUGUCAGUGCUGAAGUGAUGGAGCAGUGGAGGGUCUGACCCCAACGCUCAGGUGCAGGUGCUGCAGGAGGUGGGUGUAACACGUCAACUGGAAGCUGAUUGGCUCCGGUAACUGUUUGCCAUCUUCUCCUGAAAAGACUCCAGACGUAUUGGGAGCUGAACGCUAAUCAGUAAUAACCAAAAGUUUAUAAACAUUUCUCAUGGGAAUGAACAGGUAAUCCAAUCCUAAACGUUAAUAUAGGAUUGGCUUAGCGGCUAGAGUGGUCGUUCUCCAACCAGAAGGUGGCCGGUUCAUUUCUUACUCUGCCUGCCAGAGUGUCCAUGGCAAGAUACUGAACCCCUAAAUACUGGUAGGACUUCUUUCGACCUAUAAAUUGCACAAUAUCUUACACUAUGUAAAUUUAUAUACACAAAUAAAUAAAGAUAAAAAAAUGUAAUUUACAACAAAAAAUUUUUUAUUAUUAAAUCAAAUAAAUACCGCGUGGUCCACGCAUAAAUCUGUCACUAAUUUAAGAAAUUAUAAAUUAUGUUUAGGAAUGGAAUAAAAUAUUAAAGUACAUUGAAAACAAACACUUUUGUUAAAGAAAAUAAGACUGAAGGGAGGAAAAGAGUUCCUCAACAAAGGUUUUAUUUUGAAAGGGUCAACCGGAAGUGUAGGUUGCUUAGAAACCAGCUGGUGUUUUGGUUUUAGCGUCGUGUUGUUAUUUAAGAUGUCGAGCAGGGAUCCUUUCCCCUCUCCAAAGUUAGAAAACGAGUUUAGCCUCAGCGGCUUCAGUCCGCAGCUGAGACAAACAUGCAAGAAACCGACACACCUGGCCCAGACUGAGGAGCCGUGGUGUCGCCUCUAUGACAGAGCAACUUUGGCCAGCACCAGACGCAGUGUUAUGUCUGAUGAGGUCCAGGCUCCCAACGACAGCCUCGACUUCCAUCUAAACUCAGUCUAUGAUCACAACAAGGACCGCUUCUUUAAGAAGAACCAGACGUUAUAUCAGAAGGAGAGCGUGUCUGAGGACCCCAGGAAACAUGGAAACGAAAAUCAGCAGAAGACAGAAGACAGAGACAUCGUCGUGUGGGUCGACCCACAGAGGCGCUCGGUUCACAGCAUCAAGUGACACACGGAAGAAGUUCAGUUAAAAUAAAAUUCCCAACAUUUAUUAUCACAGCUGAUAACGUCUUUGUUCAGAAACUAAUAUUAAGCAAUGCUUCUGAUUCAGAUCUAUAAUGAGUCUGGGUCUAAAAGUGUUUCUUAAAAACCUGAGGGAGAACAUGGGCAGCUUCUUUUCUACAUGAAGCUUUGGGUACUUAUCUAAAAGCGCUUUUGAAUCACUUGCUUUUCUAAAUGACACACGCUGAAUACUGAAAGGUGACUGAUGGUGAUUUGAUGGUGAUUUGAUUUGAGAAACCCUUGAACCACAAAUAUCUUGAUAAACACUGAACAUCUUUUAGAAUAAAAGUGGAAUGAAAAUAAACACUUAUCUCACUCGUCCAAUACAUGA